CAGACAUCAUUCGACACGGCCACCAGGGAUGAGCUGACAAAUAGACUUGCAUUUGCAUGUGUUUGUGACGAUGGGCAGGAUACCCUCGCCUAUUCACGAACAACUGCUGUCAUCACUAUUUGUGAACUCACAACAAUGCUGCUGUUGGUUGCUGGUCUGAUCACCUUCUCGUGUCUCCGCCUGUCUGUCCUCGGUGCGGAUGAUGACAGAGACGCCCUUCUCUACAAAGUGGACAUAUUCUUGCCCCCAAAGGAGGGGAGGGAUGAGAAGGCGGACAUACGCAAGAUUCAGGAGACUUUGAAUAGUAUUACGGACAUCAGGGUUCUUUUUGCAUUUAAGGAGCUCGGGAAUCCUAGGAUUAUUCUUGUUCUUGACGUCGAGAAAAAAAACAGUUGGCACCAGUUGACGGGCUUUCUAUCACGCAAGGGAUAUGAAUUCAGCGUCACAGCUCUCUACUCCUGCGAAGGCUUCGCCCAGGACCUCGGAGUCAACUUGACGAGGGAUAUGUUUGCGACAUCUUUCGGGGACGAUGAUCUAAUCAUGGACAGGAAGAUAUUUCCUGAGAAAGACUUGACCACACUUGAGUACAACGAAAAGCUAAAAUGGACGUUUGAGAGAAACGCAGAAUUCGUCAAAGCUGGCAUGCAAGGGACAUGUUUCAAAACUCUUGCAGCUUAUCCGGUUGAGCUGGUAUAUUUCGUCACAGUUAACCCACACACCAUCGAAGUGAUUGAAGAGGGUUUGCACGGACCUAAUCACUUUCAGAAUCAAGUUACACGAAUCGAAAACCUCGAUUCGUACACAGGAGUAUGCUGAAAAGACUAGCAUGAAGUGUAAACUCGGCGUCAAAGUGAUCGAAUCUUUAUAUAAUAUGGUUGUGAGUACACUUAUUAGAACCAGUAAAAGCGUUCCUUGUGAAGAUGCGCAAGAACUACAAUAUGUUUGAAUUAAUAAAGUUAGGGAGUAAGUGAGUUAUAUUUUACAUUGCAUCAGCAAUAUUUAAGCCAUAUGGCGAUGGGAACUAGGUAUUAGAUUUAAAAUAUCUGCCGACAAAGGACAGUAAAAUAGUAAGGUAUAUCAGAAUGAAUAAAGAUAUUCAUUUCAUCUGUAA